ACUUGUUGCGCGGGAUGGAACGACACUGAGCGAGCAAAAUACAGGAACGAAGGGGAAACAAGUCGAGGCAUAAAACAUGCAGACACGGAAGGGAAGUUGAACGACCAUGUUUCCAUAACGGUGGGAAAAACCAUCUGUUUUACACCUAAGAUACUCGAAAUUCAAUGCACCCCUUUUACAAAUGAAAACCACACACGGAGGAUUGCGUGUUUUCCUCCACUGUGUAUUUCCACGAUUUUGUCACCGACAGGGAAACAAUGUAACUUUCUGUAUCGAUCAAUGCCAAUCAUAAAUGCAAGCUAUGCAUUACCGUUCUCUGUAUUGCAUUAAGCCAGAUUAAUGUUUCAAACGAUCCACAUAAGAUAAUGAUAGUGGAGCUAAUGCAUCGUGCGUCGGGGUGGGGAGCAGCAAGAUUCUUGAUCGUCCAACUUCGCAGAUGCGUUUUGACGUUCAUAGAGCAAUGAAUCGUUCGAGGCAACGUUAUUAUGGAGUUAGCAGAAUUUUAUUAUCGGUACUCGGUCUGUGGCCGUAUGAUAAUAAUAGAUCGGUCAAGACUGUGAAAAGAUUAUCUAUCAUGGUAUUUCUCGUUGCCACUGUGGUGUUCCAGUUAGCAGCGUACUUUCGGUCUCCAGAAUGCGACGAAAACUCUUUGAUAAACACUACAUGUUACAUUCUUAUUGUUUGCAUAUGUGCUGUGAAAUACUGUACCUUUUGGGUCAACGAAAAAGGUAUAAAGGAAGUAGUUGACGCGAUUGGAGAUAAUUGGCUAUUCUUGAAUAGCAAAGAUGAACAAGAAAUGUUCGCAAAAUACAUGAAAAGUGGAAUGCUUUUAACCUAUAUUUUUGCAUUUGCGAUUUCUAUGUUAUGUUGUAUAUUUAUCUAUUUACUACUGAAAAAACCCUUGGAUUUCGAUUUCUGUCAAUCUACCGCAAACUUGUACUUAACAAUAAACUAUUUUACCGAGGAUCAAAAAUUUGUUUACGUCGUUACUUUGCAUGUAACUGUUUUUUAUGUUUGGAUUGGAAUAGCUUUUAUUGGAACUGAAUCACUAAUCAUGUCGCUUUUUUAUGAGAAUGCUGGUUUAUUCGAAGUAAUUCGACAUCGAAUACAGAACGCGUUUAGUAAGGAAACAUUGAAUAUACCGGGUAUUAAGAAAGAGAAAAUAGUGCAGAAUAAAUUGGUCGAAGCUGUAAAACUACAUCAAAGGAUACUCUGCAAUUAUAGUCACGAAGAAAGCGUUGUUACAUUUUCAUAUUUCUUGGUACUUCUUGUGGGAGUAGCCAUUACAAUUCUGAAUCUUCUACGCCUGUCUCAGCUUAAAAUCGAAAUGAGUACAUUGAAGAUACUAGUAAUGGAAAUAUAUCUGAUUUUCAUAUGUUUUACCUAUAUAUUCUUGAUCAAUCAUUUAUGUCAGACAGUUGAAAACAACAGUACAAAACUUCUCUUCGAUAUAUACGAUAACUUAUGGUAUUUAGCACCUGUAUCCUCGCAGAAAUUACUAUUAUUCAUGAUGCAGAAAAGCAAGAAGAAUGUUUUAAGCCCGGUUGGAGGGAUUUUUUUACCAGGUCACGAAGGAUGUAUAAAGCUUAUUAAAAUGAGUUUCUCUUAUUUCAUGGUCAUUCGUUCCGUACAAUCGUAAUUACCAAGAAAGUGUAUUGACGGAUACAAGUGGCAAGUAGUGCGAAUAAAUAGAUGAUCUUAUUAUACAUCAUAGAGGAACCUUCUUCGAUCAAGGAUCAUUAAAUUUGAAUAGAAUGGUCGGUUCAGUAAGUCACGCCGAAUUUAGUUGCAUCUUUAAUUCCUGUUAAAAUUAAAAUACUUUGAUGACGUCGGCAGUAAUCUCUUUUGUAUGUAUUAUCGUUAAAUUUGUAUGGUAUUAUGUUUGGUUUGAAUUUAUCGUGAAACUUAAAACAAGGUAAGCGUGGCAGAACGAAGUACAUAAUAGUAAUUAAAUUAUAUAUUCAGUUGAUUUUCGUGAAAGAAAUAUGUGUAAAAUUAAAAAAAAUAAAAUGAGCAACUUACAAUAAACUUCCGCAAUGUUAAUAUUAAUAUGUGAUUGUUUUCUUUUUAUUUCAGGUAAGUGCCUUCAUAAAUUGCUAAUUGAAGGGUAUGAAAAUCUAAUUACUGGUAUUAUAUUUUCUGUCUAAUAGAAUAAAAUACUAGAACAUCAAAGAUUAUUUUACAUGAUUUGGAGAAAACUUGAUAAACAGUAUCUUAUUAGCACG